AUGGGAGAGAGAAAAGUAGAGAGAGAAAAAUUAAAAGGGAAAAUAGUUUCCGACGAGGUCUGGAAGGCUUUUGUCGAUAAUCUUAGUAGGAGAGUUUCUCGGCGGGAGCUUAGGGAUAUCUUUUCGUCCCAUGGGACUGUGGAGAGAGUUUUCAUCCCGAAAGAAACCAAAAAUCCAAAAUACAAAUUUUCCACUUUUGCUUUUGUUCAGUUUGAGAGGGAAUCUAGUUUGAAGAGGGCAAUCGAGAUGUUGAAUGGUUCACUGAUAGAUGGGAGAAGGAUUUCUGUUGGAAUUGCUAAAUACAAUGAUGCUCGUCCAAGGAUUGUGGCAAACAAGAGUCCAGGUAAGUUGGUUCCAGAUUUGUCCACAGCAGGACCUCCUAAGUUGAAAGAGGUAGAUUUAACCAGUAGGAGUGUUAGAGAUGAUAGAACGUACAGAGAUGCUUUACUUACUGAGGUUACGAGGGUGAAUGCAUUGGAGUAUAGGGAGAAAUUUUCUGAAGGGAGCCAUAGGGAGAAAACCAAGAAGAAUGUAUUGGAAAUUUAUGAAGUUCAGAUUGCUGGGCGGGGUUAUGCCCGUAACUCCUGUGCUAUCAUCUUCAAAUCUCAAGAGGAGAUGUCGGAGGCAUGA